GUUUAUUUACCUGCUACCGGCUUCCCUGACACACAUUGAACCAUGGCAACUGGAAAGAGGCUGUUGAUGGAGCUGGACCUGGAGCUGAUUCAAAGGACUUUUUUUGCGAGACGGAAGCAACAGAAGAGGAGACGGAGGUGGUCUGUACGUCCACUAAAUCAGUCGAGGCAGAGGACGGGAGAAUACGCGUCUCUUGUUCGACCUCUGAGGGAUGUUGACGAGGAAAUGCACUUUGUGUAUUUCCGCAUGUCAGCUGGGAGAUUCGACGACCUUCUUCGUCGUGUGGAGCCACACAUACGGCACCAGAACACACACAUGAUGCCGGUUAAUGCCGCCCAGAGACUAGCUGUGGCGCUACGACGGUUAGCCUCUGGUGGAAACCAACAGGCUGUAGCGGCGAGCUACAAACUGGCAUCCUGCACGGUGUCCCGUAUUGUGUCCGAGGUGUGCAAGGCGUUGUAGACAGCACUGCAGCCAGAUUACCUGCCCUGUCCUUCAACCAGCCAGUGGACAUCGGUAGCAGCGGACUUUUGGCGGCUCUGGAACUUCCCGAACUGCGUUGGCAGCCUCGACGGGAAGCAUGUCACGAUCAAGGCACCACCUCAUGCCGGGAGUGACUUCUUUAAUUAUAAAGGUAGUCACUCUAUUGUUCUGAUGGCAACCUGCGAUGCCAGGUAUCGCUUCACGAUGGUGGACGUCGGAGGAUAUGGACGGGAGAGCGACGGCGGCGUUUUCAAAGAAAGUGCAUUUGGGUCACAGCUUGUGAACAACAAAUUGAACUUGCCGCCAUCAGCGUUUCUUCCCGGGACCAGGAGCGAUGCCCCACACGUGAUUGUUGCGGAUGCUGCCUUCCCCCUGCAUAACAACAUCAUGCGUCCAUUUCCAGGGGCAAAUCUGACCAGGGAGAAGAGAAUUUUCAAUUACCACCUUUCCAGAGCCAGGAGAGUAAUUGAAAAUGCCUUCGGAAUUAUGGUGGCACGGUGGAGAAUUCUUGGGCGGGCGAUAGAGUUCCUGCCAGACAAGGCUGGGGAUGUGGUCAAGGCUUGUGUAGUUCUCCAUAACUACCUGGCCUACACAGAUGAGGGGACCACACCCGAGAGCCGCUACAUCCCGCCCUGGUACUCAGAUACAGACUCGGGGGGAACUGUACAUCCUGGUGAGUGGCGCAGAGUGGUGGCUGACGACACCAAUCUGUCACAGGCAGCUCCGAUGUCAAGGGCCCGUUCUUCCAGAGCUGCUAUUGGUGUGAGGAACAACCUUAUGGAGUUCUUUCUUUGCAUACAAACAUGGUGCAAAACAUAA